UAUCUUGGGUGAAAGGCAUUUUAUCAGAUAGCAUAUGAAAUUAAAUAUGCGUCUAGAACCAUAGAGAUGACUAUAUUACAAAAUACUUAGAGUGCCAUAAAUGUACAUGUUGCUUUAUGAAAGUAGAUAAGACAUGUUUCCUUGCCCCAGAAAAGAGAUCAAUAAUUGUUUACCAAAAACUUUGUGCAGUCUUUAGAGCUAAAUAAACAAAUGUUUUAUGGCCAUUCUAAAUAGCUGAUUUAUUUCUGUUUGUUGAGAAGUUCAACUAUCCAUUUAAAGGAAGCUAAUUACACAAACCUUUCUCUUAGAAGGGGGAAUUACAAGAAGUGUGUUUGAGAUAAAAAAUGGGCAAGAGAAUCCUCGAAACUAGAGAUGGAAAAAAGACCUGCUGUAUCAGGGCAUCUGGUACAUUUCGCAGUCCGUGCCUAGAGAUUCACAAAGAGAGUUAAGGUUUACAUAUGUGCCAGCAGGAAUCCAGAGUGUGAAAUAUACAGCAUUAAAAAUCAUGUGACUGCUAAAACAGCCAAUCCACAGUUGUUUCCCUAAUGUCCAAAAGCAGUUACUUGGUAUCCUCUUAGAAUAGCAGGAUCUCCUGAUUGAUUGGCUGUUGAGGAAGCUAUUGUUUCUCUUUCUGGAUUUCUGCAAAAUAAUAAAGGAAGGAAGAGAGAUGAUACUUUUUUGUACAUAUAAGUUUAAACUGAAGAUAUUAACUGUGACCAGGGGAAAGGAAUGAAACUGUUGAUGAUAAACUAAUACGGUCACUAUCAGCGGAUCUCCUCUGUAUAAUAGUGUGAUGUGGGUCUCAGAAUACCCCUAUCUUUGCUGCUUGAUACUUUCUUUUGUUCCACUUUUAUGGCUUGUGCUUAACCAUACAGCUUUCCCCAGCAGUAUGUGUUAAGUUAGACCAUCCAUUUUAAAUGGCAAUACUGUUAACAAGUGAAAGAAGUGGGGAGGGAGAGGCUUCUAGCAUCCAGACUGGAUGAUUCUAAACCCAGCCCCGUGUGCUCAUGUCAUUUCAGUUUAAUGUACAGUUGUGCGUUUAAUCCAGUCUCUGAUUCCUUUAAAUCCCCAGGCUUAGUGUUUCUGGAGUCCUGAGGGAAGGGCUUGGAGAAAUAAUAAGACGACCAGUAGUUAAACUGGGUCACUGGAUAUGAUGCUUGUAUGAACUGAUGGAGCAGAGUUGAGUUGCAUAGCUGACAGAUUAGCUGUUUGUUAUUAGAGAAUUCUCCUCAGGGGAUUAAUGGUGCACCUGCAUUACUUCCUUUAUUCACUUAAUAUGCAUUCUGGAUGAGUUCAAGGAGGUAGGAGUGGUUUGGGGCUUAAGCCCCAGACUCCCCAUAGAGAAGAGUUAGAGAACUCUGAGUCCAUCAGUGAAGCUAGUAAGAGGGGCUUUGCAGCACUAUCCUGAGAUUUGAGAAGAAGUUCAGGUGUAAAUCCAUUACAUUCAUCCCUCAGCAGAGAGAGGAGGAUUCAGUAAUUGAUGCCCAGUCUCAGUUGGCCAGUCCCUUCCUUCGCCCUUCCUCAGAACACUUGGGCUGAGGGUAGGGUUGGCAUGGUCCAGGAUCCAGUCAUUUCCCCUUUGUUCCAUUGCAGGCAUCUUUAAAUUCUGAACAGCCAAACCCUACUGUAUCCUUAAUCCUUCCUGUGCAGUAGCUGCUGACAUGGCAACCUGCCAUGUAUGUUUGUAUGUCAAUAUUUAAGUAGGUCUCAGCCAAGAGGAGGGGCAGGCUCUUAUCCAUGGGUAAUAGUCAGGUAUUUGCAUCUUGGUGAGUGUAAUGGGGUCAGUAGGACAGAACAUAAAAGAAAUGUAAGGCUUCUUACUUAGAGGAGGUGAGCUUUGUGUAGCCAUGGAGAAGUCUGGCUUAUAUAGCACUGAAAUCCAUCUCUCUCCCUGGGAACUUCACCUAGGAAGGUGAGUCUAUCAUGACAUGUUUUUGCCCCAAAGGGAGUAGCCUUCACCACGUGUGCCCUUUCUAUGAACUUUAUCUGAAUUUACAGUAGUAUCAACAUGAAACAAUGGAAUUAUAUUUUAAAUGUUCAUUCACUUCUGGGGUACAGGUUCGCUGUUCAAUUCACUCCACUCUUUCGUAAAAUCUUGGGGAAAUAAUCCCCUGCCGCCUUGAUUUAGGAUGUGGUAAGUUCUUUGAAAGGAGAGCGCAGUUUGGGCUGUUUCCACUGAAAUAGACUGUGCUGAAAUGUGUAUUUACCUCACAUGCUUUUAAAGGAAGAGUAGAAUAAAUGGUGAGUGCAGAUGAAACUUGUUUGCUCUGGCUUUUCCCUCAUCCAUGGCAAAUGUGAAGGGGGGGUGGGGUCCUUUGGAGAAUAAGAUGAAGAUCACAGCAAAGAGGAAAGCCCUGUGCGGGCUCCUUGUGUGUGGACGUCCCUGCAUGUCUGGAAUGUGAGGAGGAGGAGAAAAAGUUUGUUAGACAGCACUGUUCAUCUCCUGGCCUUUCUGUGCCAGUGCUGUAUUUUUCCCUUGUCACAGAUUCUGGAACUUGCAUGCAUGCUGAGCAUUUCUUGUGAUCUUGGUGGUGAAAAUGAUUUCCACUUUGGUUUAGUUAAGUGUUUUUAAAGGGACACUGUUGAUUUAAAUCACACUUCUGUUGAAAAUUUGCACCUGUUGUUAUUGCUAGGAACUCCUAAUAUUCCUGUCUGUGACAGAAAGGAAAUGUUUCGGCUAUUUUUCCAGGUUUUUCUUUGUGAAUUUUGACACUUUCCCCGUAUAUAGCCAAUUUCCCCUUUUCAUCUGGGUAUUUCACAUAGCAACAGAAGAGAGAGAAGCAUUGUAAAACAUAAGACAGCAUGAUUAUAAAACCACGAAAACUGGCAGGGGAUCGCAGGAGGGGAAAAGGGGUAGGCGUAGUGCCUGGAAUUACUUUUAACUCUUUUUAAAACUAAUAAGAUUGUAAUUUACUAGUGUCCCUUUAAUAUACAGUUGCAAAAAAUCAGUCUAUACCUGAUUCUUGUAACAGAUCUGUGAUAAAUAAUUUGUCUCCAAUACGUUUCUAUUAAAUGAAUUUCCUCCUGAAAGGUUCUCUCAGGCUGGCACUAAACACGGUUCCAAAUAUUGCCCCUCCCUCCCAUUUUCUCUUUUCUCCUCAGCACAAUAUAUAACAUCCUAUCCAACCUUGGGUUAAUGCAGCAACGUCCUUAUUGGCUCACUUCACGUCACUUGUGGCACUAGCAGGGUGGGCAUGCUUUGGAGAUACUAAACUGUCGUCUACCUUAGUUUUGACUUAAAACAUUAGUGUUUAACCAUUUUGCUUAAAUAUUGAACCAUAAAAUAUUUCUGGUAUUGGACUUGACACAGAAGUCAGGUAUAAGCUCAGUUCUGAUUUCUGGCUCUGGGUUCCUGUUGCUGCCAGUUUCCCUCGUUAGCAGUCCAGGUGCAGCCAAGAGAUACAGGAAUGCCAGUUUUUAGUCAACAGCUUUCAGAUAUAAUUUGCAGUGUGGAAGAGAACUUCUGACCCUAUGAAUAUUCCAAAAGCUGUGCCAGACAAAAUGGGCAUGCAGCCUUCAAGACUGCAAAAAUCCCUCUUGCCCUCAUGGUACUGGUAGUUUGGCUUCUGCGUUCUGCUGGAUGUAAAAAUUGUCGAAGUACUGCACACUGUAUAAAGCAUCUAUUGAACUUCUGCAGAGCCUGUUUCUCAAGCUGGCGGUGAAACUUUUGUUUCAUUGCAGGGAAGUAUAUCUGUAAAGGAAGGCUCUUUCCCUUUUUCUGUCUCGGCCCGCUCCCUUGCCGGACAGUGUGGGAUGGAAAGGGUAUUUCUGAGAUGGGUGUUGGUCUCUAACUAGACUGUAUGAGAUAGAAAAGCUGUUCCCUCCCUUUCCUCUCCUCUGUUCCCAGGCUGGAUGGUGUGAGAAGGAAAGGGUCUUCUGGCAGAGUGAGUGUUUGCAUACACAUCUGCUUGCUCAGUAGCCCAGAACUGAUCUAGCUGCAGUUACUGCAGUGCAGAAUUGAAGCAAUGAGUUAUCUCCCUCCUCCUCUUCUCCGCCAUUCCUCCUCCUCCUCCCAGCCUCGCAUUCAGGCUGGCUCUUGGGAUAACUGUGCAUGGCUAGCGAGCUGCAGUUCUGAUAAUAGUGCAUUAGUUCCUAGCAGCCUGAGACUGCAGGGUGUUUGUUUGGGAGUUGAGCUUCGAUGGCAAACUUGGCUAGAGAGGAGCAGGGGCUGCUUGUAGGCACAGGUUGCUUUUAACUCGCACAAAGCUGCUUUUGUAGAGGGUUGCUGAAGUGUGACACAAUGCCUGUUUGUUUGCAAUAGCUGGGAACCUCAUAGCCGAGUUGCAAGUGGGAAAGAGACAGAGAGGGAAGCCGGAGACAAACCAGCGGGGGAAUUAGGAGCUGUGACGUCGUGUCCUCCCUCCUGUGCUGAAGUGAGCAAGGGAAGGGGAGGUAGAGGAAAAAAGAGAGAGACUGAGACUUACGACCGACCGCCAUCCUGAUGAUGUGUCAGUCAAAUACCCUGCAGGGACCAGAUCUGCACACAGGGAAAUGGUGAGAUGCUGUAAAGCUUUAUCUAACCCUCCUCCCUCUUGCUACAACCUUCGCAAAGUUAAAAUUCAUGUCCGAAGGCUACGUUCAGGGAACAGCGGCAGCUGUGCCGGAGAGCAGCACCCGCAACUGGACAGUCCAGGCCCAGCUGGCUCUGCUGGGGGCACACCAAAUAGGAGAGCCCGUUUCAGGUUGCAAUUCCCCCAGCUGGCCCUGAGGCGGAGGUUGGGCCAGCUGAGCUGUAUGUCUAGGCCUGCUCUGAAACUCCGUUCUUGGCCUCUGACUAUUCUCUAUUAUCUUCUGCCUUUCGGUGCUCUUAAACCCUUGACCAGAGUGGGAUGGAGGCCUAUGAGCAGGGUUUCUCUGUACAAAUCGGUACCAACACGACUGCUUUCACGAGCCUGGGGUCGUUUGAACCAGGUCGAGCUGCCCACCUGGCUCCGGAAGCCUGUCUACAGCCUGUACAUCUGGACAUUUGGAGUGAACAUGAAGGAAGCAGCUGUCGAAGAUCUUCAUCACUAUAGAAACCUCAGCGAGUUCUUCCGCAGGAAGCUGAAGCCCCAGUCCCGGCCAGUCUGCUGCUAUCACAGUGUGAUCAGUCCCUCAGAUGGAAAGAUUCUGAACUUUGGACAAGUGAAAAACUGCGAAGUGGAGCAGGUGAAGGGUGUCACCUACUCGCUGGAGUCCUUCCUGGGGCCGUGCACCAGCACAGAAGACAUGCAGUUUAGCCAAACCUCAUCCCGCAACUCAUUCCAGAACCAGCUAGUCACAAAGGAGGGGAACGAGCUCUACCACUGUGUCAUCUACCUGGCGCCUGGGGACUAUCACUGCUUCCACUCACCCACUGACUGGAGAGUGUCGCACAGACGCCACUUCCCAGGCUCCCUGAUGUCUGUGAAUCCUGGUGUUGCCCGCUGGAUCAAGGAACUCUUCUGCCACAAUGAGCGGGUUGUACUUACUGGUGAUUGGAAACAUGGCUUUUUCUCCCUAACAGCAGUAGGAGCCACAAAUGUUGGCUCCAUCCGCGUCUACUUCGACAGGGAUUUGCGUACUAACAGCCCCUCUUACUCCAAAGGCUCUUACAAUGACUUCAGCUUCAUAACCAACAAUAACAAGGAGGGCAUCCCCAUGAGGAAAGGAGAACAUUUAGGGGAGUUUAACCUGGGCUCGACCAUUGUUCUGAUCUUUGAGGCACCCAAGGACUUCAACUUCCAUCUCAAACCUGGACAGAAAAUCCGCUUUGGAGAGGCUCUGGGGUCCCUUUAGAAACUACAAGAGGAUUUUGUAUACAAAGGAACUCAAACUUCCAAGAAAAAUGUUUCACUAAUGGAAACUAUCACUCAGCAGGACCUGGGUGAGGAAAAUAUUAAAACAACACUGCUGUGUAAAACUGGGGUAGGAGUAUUUGCCCUAUAGCACGUACCUAUGCUGAGAGCAGUAAAAUAACCAGCUGAUCCAUAUACAUAUCAGGUACAGGUGCCUGUUGACCAGGGUGGUUUCUAUCCUAUCUUGUGCCUACAGUCUCUAACACUCUCCUCUUCCAUGUGUUGCAAACUAGUUACAUUCAUACAGAGCCUGUAGGUCCUUAUCAGGGACGGGAGAAGGCAGAGAGGAUUAGCUACCUUUAAAGGGACACUGAUAGGUUGACCUAGACCCAAGGUUUCACUUCUGUAAAAUGUGGUUUUCAAACUUGCAGUCCCCAGAAGUCUCUAAUGCAAACACGACAUCGAAGUAUGGAAGCCAGGAAGUCAAAUUGCCUAGUCUUACUUUCAUUGUCCAACCUAGGUGAAAUGCACAAUGUACAUUAAUGGCAUCAGUGCUGAAACCAGUAAAUUAGACUCAAAUUCUGUUUAAUAACAUACUGGUAACAGGUAUGGAAACUAAUUUUUAAAUGCCUUUUAACCUGUUAUUGUCCCUUUAAAACUGGACUUUGCACUGUAUUUUAAACCUGAAAACACUGUGUCUACAUUCCAUGUGGUUGAACUUGUCAUCUUUUUGGAAAAAAGUGUAUUUUUUUAGCUUGUAGCAGUCAGACUGUUGCAUAUUCUUCUCCCAAUCCAUAGUUUUAUUUUUGCCAUUCCAGGCCUUAAGGAUUUCUUGUUUAUAUGAGUGGUAAUUACUCUCCUCAGUCACCCAAAAACUACUGCGAGAUUAAUCUUGUGACAUAAAACAGUAACAAGUGGUUUGGGGUCUGCUCCCUUCUGUAUUGAUGGGAACUCCCCCAUGCAAUGAGGAGAACUUCUCCGUUGCAGGGGGGAUGCAGCCAAAGGAUGUUUCCCCUUCUGCUGUACAGAUGCUGCUGCUUAUUGUGUUGUGUCAUAACCUUCAGGGUCUAACACUGAGAUCUUGAUGUGGGAAUUUCUCUCUGUACAAAACAAUUUUAAAUACAUCAGGGCUUAUAGUUUAGUGCACGGAGUGAAAUGCCAUGGGCACUGACUGUGUAUUAAAAACUAUUAUGGACCUUGGGGGCAAUCCAAGCUUGCUCCCCAUGUGCACUAACUUGCUUUUCUAUCCUUCAGUGGACUUACAAAUAUUUGUUUAACUUACCAAAAAAAGCCAAACUUCCGUUUUUCUUUUGCACUCAUUGCUGACAGAGAGAAGCUGGGGCUGAGUGCUCUGCAGAUUCAUCCUGCAGCAACUUUAGGCUGUGUUAAUUCAUGCGAAGAAGGGUUAGAUGGAAAUAGUAACAACCUCCUUCAUUAAUGUAUGGAACAUGACACUAAGAAUAGGAGUUUUAAGCUUCACGUUACCAGUAAUGAGAUUAACUGGUGCCAAAAGGGUUGAGAGCAACUCACUUCUCCUGCAAUGUAUUGCGUGUUCUUACUGAAUAAAUUCUAUUUUGAGCCAA